CAGCGUUUGAAUGGUAUAGACAUCCUCUGAGUAAUAAAGCAGAAUGCGGCGGCAGCUGAGUCAUGUUCCUCUUGUGAACCGCAGUCUGGGGUGGCCGGGGUGCGAUCGCCCAAGGACUGCAUCACCGAUCAGAGUGACCAUCAAUGCCAAGUCGUGAUGGCCGAUCGUUUCAUGUGCACUAAAUAGCAGGAAGAAAGCCGCGGGGUCUCUGCAGUCUUCUUGCCCCCGUGCGAGACGCCAGCUACGUCACCCGCAGGUGCCAUCUGGAGAUCGUGGGCGACCUCGGAACCGCGCGCCUCCAACCACGAUGAUGCAUCCGCACCUAGGAGAUGGCACCCAGGUCAAUGGCGGGCCGCUGCUUACCGAGCGAUCUGAGGACUGCACGUGGACCAUUCAAAUACAUCAAUCGCGGAGAAGAGACCCUUUUUCCUCCGCAUCAAUACAUUUCUUAUCCUCGACGGCUUGCUCCUUGCUCUCCGCCACCACCACCGCAGGUAGCAGCAGGAGCAGCACAGCAUGAUCGACCGCCGCCACCAGCACGACCGCACCGACGACUCGCGGCGGAAGAAGCACGGUGUGUUCAGCGGGUACUUCAUGCCCCCCGAGUACUUCCAGCACGUCGCUAUGGCGGUCUGCCCGCCCUCGGCGGCGACGAUGUACGGCCCGUUCUUCAGCUACCUGCUGGCAUUCGAUGGGUGGAGGCACUCGCUGCCGGUGGAGGACAAGAAGCGCGUGCCUUACGCACAAGGUCCGUCCCACCCGUUUCACAUGUACGAGGCCCCAGCCCCUAUCCCGUUGACUCACGGCGACCCGUUCUCGCAGUCGUGAAUCCUCCCCCGCUGUAUGCCGUCCCCACGCCCUCCGACCUCCCUGAAGGCAUCUUCUUCCACACGCGCGCGGUGACGUUCGAGUCGGACGACCAGCUGCUUGACCGGGUCACCCACGCUGCGCUGUGGACCGAGAGCCCGAAGGACCUUCUAAGACGGGAUGAAAUCAUCGAGACCGUCUCAAGAUGGAGCGGCUUCUUCAUCGAUCCCGGGCAGAUUCGGUUUGGGUGUAUCAAGGACCUACUGCCCAUGUACGAUCCCCAGGAUGGGACGAUCGGCUGGUGACACGAUUUGCUCAUCCCUCCCUUCUCGUAAAUUAUCGUGUCAUUUGACAUCCAAUGGCAAUGUGUGAUCAUUAAUCGAUGUCAAAGAGCCGCGCUAAGGAUUCAGUCGUCGGAGGGUUUAUAAGAAACUCAUGGCGCAUCCACUCUCCACUUGCAUAGCGCUGGGACUCGACGUUGACUGUCUGACUUCUCCUAUUUCCGAAACCGGAGAAUGGAACCGAUCCGCUCUCCGUGCCAGGAUCUCCGACUGUGCCAUUCUCUGCUGCGCACGGGGCACCAAACGCGACGACAUCGCGGAUGGUUCUCAAGCUAGCAAGUAUCGAUGCGCCAAGUGAGCCACUGAUAUCAUUUGGGCUGCUGAUCAAGAUUCGAGAGGAUGGUGGGCGCGCAGGCCAAGAGAUGUCUUGUGUCCUCCCGUGGCGCCCAAUGCCGUUCCUGGCCCUGUUGCCCUCUGCUCUGCUUCGCCCUGACGUUCCACAUCACGAAACCGCAAAGAAUGGAGCGAGCGCGCGGCUUGACCGGGGUGGCGGCGGGCUCGCCGAUUGGAUCCGCGCGGGUCUUGGCGAUGCUCAUGCGCGCAAUCGACCGCUGAUCACCGACCCGGGGCAACGGCGUCUCUGCUUGGAGAAGGUAUUUGAAUCGCGCCCCGCAGGACCGACUCUAUCUAAUGUUGCCGUGGUGGCUGACGAAUCAGUGCUCGCUUUGCCCGCCUGCGACGGCUGCAGGUGGCCACAGGCUCCUCCGUGCGACUUCCGCGUCGGGAGGUGAUCAUGCGCGACGUCGUAUAAUUAUGAGGUUCUAUUACGGUCAGGUGAUAGCAGCUGAGUAUGGAAACCCGGAAGGCCCUGCUCAAUAACCGAGAUGGCUGACAGUGAUGGCGUGAUCUGGGGUCCCGCUCACUGAAUUGUAGACUCAGACAUCGGUAAUAUAGUUUUGUAGAUGACUGUGACCAGUAAGUCCUCAGUCAAGCCUGAUAGUGGCAGGAAGACUGAGGAUGCGACACAACAAAAAAUAGUGUAUAAGUAGAGCCUCGUGAUCUGAGAUCAGUCACGUGACAAGCUGUACACCAAGCUGCACGCUACCAGGCCCACGGACACAUAGGGUGAACAUCCUCCGCCAGCCUAACUACUUUUACGUUCAAUUUUUCGACAUUUUGAACAACUUUUACUCUAUUUUUGGAGGGUC